AUGCUGCAGCUGACGUUCGGACUCGGGCUGGGCAGCGUUGCGACCCCGCUGUCAGCUGCGCACUACCUGAUCAAGUCCCACCCUUCUGCGGCUGUCAGCGACGCCCUACUUGCGGACCGGCGCCACAGGUGGAGUGGCCCCCUCCCUCCUGCGGAUCGGUUGAAUUUCAAUGGACCGAUGCGGUGGCUGUGCCCUGUGCCAGCGCAGCGAUGUCUUAGGCGGAACCUUCACAUCUCUAUGCGGCUGUCGGCUGCGCCCUACCAGAACUACCCCGCCUUGCUGCGGCUGUCAACUGCACGCAACCAGCGAACCGGCGCUGCAGCUGCGCCCUACCAGACCGUGCGCCACAUGCUUGUGGUCCCCUUCACUGGACAGGCGCCUGGCGCGUCCGCGCUUGCCCCCACUGGGCUGUUGGCCUCCGACGGCGGCGCCCCCGCCCGGGUUCGCUUGCGCGGCAGGUUGCGCCCAUCGCUGCUGGACUGGUGUGCCCCGGAGUGCGCCUACCAUGUGGCUUAUCCUAUUGCCCUGGAGAUGGCCUGCUGGGUUGUACGUCGCCCUCCCGUGAAUUUCAAGUUCCUGCUCUUCGGCAAUGGCGCGGACGAGGCGCUGUCCGCGAGGGUGGUACGCCAUCUGGACGGGCUGCUGGGCAUCGAGGGCGAUCGGAGGGCACAGACGGUGCUCAGAGGCGAGGUGACGCGUGCUGUGCUGGGCAGGGCGGGCUCCCGGGAGCAGAAGCUGGACGUGCAGGUCACCUACCUGCGCAGGGUGCACCACUUCUGCUUCUACUCCGCGCGGUGGUGCGAGGACGCCUGGGACCUGGAGCGCAGGUGCGGGGCCGUCUUCCUGCGCGGCGCCGCGGAAGAUGGGGAGGUGGAGGCGCCAGCGGACGCGGGCCCUGGGGAGGCACGCGAGCGCGCGAUCGAGCGCUUCCUCGGCGAGGCCCGGUUGGAGAGGGUCGAGCCGUGCGAGCCGGCAGAGCAGGAGGUGGCGUCUCUGUGCCAGCAGAGGACCCUGACGGUCGCGGAGGGCAAGUACCGGUGCUGCGAGUGCCGGAAGCUCUUCUGCGGCCCCGAGUUCGUGGAGAAGCACCUGCGGAGGGCCCACGUGGAGCUCUUCGAGCCGCUGCGCAGGAAGGCCCAGGAGGAGGCGAUGUGCCGGGCGUUCAGUGCACAUUGCUAG